UGUUGUGAUGAUGAACGUCCCUGCCAACAUGGCGGUCAGCAUCCGCGGCCGUCCGACCCGGAGUGUACGGAUGAGAGGUCGGAAUGACAGCGGGGAGGAGAAUGUACCGCUGGAUCUUACGCGGGAACCCUCAGAUAACAUGCGUGAGAUCCUUCAGAACAUCGCCAAAUCUCAUGGGGUUUCCAACAUGAGGAAGCUUGGCCACCUGAACAACUUUGUUAAGCUCCUCAACAGUGUAAGUCACUGUGAAGAGAAAUUAGGAUUCACACAUGAGGAAAUCGUCAUUUGUCUGCGUGUGGCGUUGCUGAAUGAGGUGAAGGAGGUUCGGGCUGCGGGUUUGAGAGCCCUAAGGUAUCUGAUCCGUGAUAGCAGCGUCCUCCAGAAAGUUCUUCAGCUGCAGGUGGAUUACCUGAUUUCCAGGUGUAUUGACAUUCAGCAGAGCAAUGAGGUGGAGAGAACUCAAGCCCUCAGACUGGUGAGAAAGAUGAUAACAGUGAACGCACAGCUCUUUCCCAGCUCUUUAACAAACUCUCUAAUUGCCGUGGGGAACGACGGGCUGCAGGAGAGGGAUCGCAUGGUUCGAGCCUGCAUCGCCAUCAUUUGUGAACUUGCACUGAGGAACCCAGAGAUUGUGGCCCAGCGGGGAGGUUUGAGCACCAUCCUGAAGAACGUCAUUGACUGUCAGCUGAGUCGCAUCAAUGAGGCCCUGAUCACCACCAUACUGCACCUGCUUAAUCAUCCGCACACGCGCCAGUACAUACGAGCUGAUGUUGAACUGGAGCAAAUCCUAGCACCUUACACAGACUUUCACUACAGACACAACCCUGAAACAGCAGAGGCACAAAUCAAGGAGGACAGAGAAGCUCGUUUUUUGUCCAGUAAAAUGGCCAUUAUUGCAGCCUUCCGCUCGUGGUCAGGUAUUAUAAACCUGUGUAAAUCAGGGAACUCAGGGGUCCAGUCUUUAAUAGGCCUGCUCUGUAUACCAAACAUGGAUGUCAGGAAAGCCUUAUUAGAAGUCAUGUAUGAGAUCUUCAGAUUGCCUGUUCCUAUAGUGACAGGAGAUUUUGAGGAAGCCCUGCACAGCGUGGACCCCAGCAAGUUUCAGGACAGCUGGAGACUAUCUGAUGGGUUUGUAGCUGCAGAAGCCAAAGUCAUAUUGCCUCACAGAGCACGAUCCAGACCAGACCUUAUGGACAACUACCUGGCACUACUGCUGUCUGCUUUUAUCAACAGUGGACUACUGGAGGGUCUGGUGGAGGUGGUGACCAGCAGUGAUGGACAGAUAUCAGUGAGAGCCACCAUACUGCUCGGAGAACUUCUGCACAUGGCCAAUACAAUUCUUCCUCACUCUCACAGUCAUCAUCUGCACUGUCUGCCCACGCUAAUCAACAUGGCUGCUUCCUUUGACAUCUCUCAGGAGAAACGGCUGCGUGCCAGUGCAGCCGUAAACCACCUGAAACGUUUCCACGAAAAGAAGCGACGUGGCCCCAAACCUUACAGUCUUUACCUGGAUCACAUCCUACGCAGGACAUCCAACUCCACUCACAAGAGAGAGCAGCACCAGCGUCCACAAAAGGACAUCUAUAUUAUGAAGGACACUGAAGAGGCGCUGAUGAUGAACUUGAGGGACAGUCAGGUUCUCAGUCACAAACAGAACCUGGACUGGAACUGGGUUUUGAUCAUCACUAUACUGAAGUGGCCAAAUGUGAACCUCAGAAACAACAAGGACGAACAGAUGCACAAGUUUGUAAGGAGGUUGCUGUAUUUCUAUAAGCCCAGCAGUAAGCUAUACUCGGCUCUGGAGCUGGAUCAUUCCAAAGCCAGACAGCUGACAGUAGCGGGCUGCCAGUUCAACCAGUUCCUCUUAGAUUCGGAAGAGGAUGGUCAGGCAUAUUUAGAGGACCUUGUCAAGGAUAUCGUCCAGUGGCUCACAUCCUCUUCUGGGCUUAAACCUGAACGGAGUCUCCAUAGCAAUGGGCUCCUCAGCACCCUCAGUCAGCACUACUUCCUGUUUUUGGGUACUCUGUCUGCGCAGCCAGCAGGAGUCAAAAUGCUGGAGAAAUGUGGCGUAUUUCAGUGUCUGUUGAACUUGUGCUCGAUGAAAAACCAGGAUCACCUGCUGAAACUAACGGUUUCCACUCUGGACUACAGCAGAGACGGACUCGCACGAGUCAUUCUGUCCAAGAUCCUCACAGCAGCCACUGACAACUGCCGUCUAUACGCCACCAAACACCUGCGUGUGCUGCUGCGUGCCAACGUUGAGUUCUUCAGUAACUGGGGGAUGGAGUUGCUAGUCACACAGCUGCAUGACCACAACAAAACCGUCUCCAUGGAGGCACUGGACAUCCUUGAUGAAGCUUGUGAAGAGAAGGCCAACCUGCAUGCUCUGAUCCACAUGAAACCUGCUCUGUCUCACCUGGGAGAGAAAGGACUUCUGCUGCUGUUGAGGUUCCUGUCCAUCCCAAAAGGCUUCUCUUACCUCAACGAAAGAGGCUACGUCAACAAACAGCUAGAUAAAUGGCAGAAGGAGUAUAAUCUGAAGUAUGUGGACAUGAUUGAGGAGCAAUUAAACGAAGCUCUCACAACAUACCGCAAACCUGUCGACGGAGACAACUACGUCCGCCGCAGCAACCAAAGGUUACAGAGGCCAAAUGUGUUUCUCCCUGUGCAUUUAUAUGGGCAGUUGGUCCAUGAUAAAACCGGCUGCCUGCUGCUGGAAGCUCAGGGUGUUAUCCCAGAUCUCAGCUACACAGUCCGAUCUCCAGUGUUGGAUAAAUGGGAGGGCAUUAAACAGCUAAAAGCUGCCCUAUGGGCUCUGGGCAAUAUUGGCAGCUCGAAUUGGGGUCUGAACCUCCUACAGGAGGAGAACGUGAUUCCAGAUAUUAUUGCUCUGGCUCAGCACUGUGAGGUUCUGUCCAUACGUGGUACUUGUGUGUAUGUGCUGGGCGUGAUCAGCCGCACACGGCAGGGCAGUGAUGUACUGAAGGCUUUGGGAUGGGACUCCGUUCGACACAGCCGCAGGCAGCAAUGGCCCGUCGUCCCUGAUGAAGUGGAGGCUCCGCUACCCAGCGAACUGUCAUCUGUGCCCAGCACGCUCAGCCUCAACUCUGAGUCCACCAGCUCACGCCACAACAGUGAGAGCGAAAGCCAGCCCAGUUUGUAUUUUAUGGACGAUGAUCGUGAGGGUGUGGACAUGUACGAGGACUCCUCUCUCAGUAUACACACAAAAACCUCAAAAGACAGAAGCCCCUUCACCAUCCUGACCCCUUCACAUCUCCGAAAUCGCUUUCUGAACUCCCUGUCUCUCCCUAGUAAGAAGGGACGGAGCCCCAGUGACACUAAAGGCACAACAAACGCUGGAAAAUCUCCUGAAGAGCUCCGGCUCAUGCAGCGCAACCGGACCAUAACGGAGCCCUCAAACUAUUCUCCGGGCCACUCGGGGCAGAGUGAGGUCUUUUAUAAUGGCAGUCGCCUGCCUCGCAGCCCAACGGUCAGCCUAGAGACUUCAUUUGUGGGUAUAAAAGCACUAGCAGAGCCGUACGCCACAGAGGGAUCCUUGGAUUCGGAAGGCAGAGGUCAACAUAAGGCCGUGACCCCGGGUGAAGGUCAGCGGGAACGAAGCAGCAGGGAGCGUCUGACCUGCGACGGCGCGUCUGUGCUGCCCGGCGGCGGGACAUUUAAGAGCCGCAGUCAUAGCUUCAACACGGACACGACUACCAGCGGCAUCAGCUCCAUGAGCUCCUCCCCUUCCCGCGAGCCCGCCUCCUCCAUCGCCAUGGAUACGGACUGUGCCAGCCUGAACACGGUGGUCAGCACCAAAACUGUGAAAAUGCAGCACUCGCUCAGUCCUCAGUCCAACCACAACCACAUCCUGUUGUCUAAGUCUAAUUCCACCUCGCUGGUUCCUCCUGGGUCGGCGCACACUCUGCCCCGCAGGGCGCAGUCGCUGAAGUCACCCUCUGUGGCCACCAUCAAGAGUCUGGUGGAUUGCAGCUACAUUUACACGAGCCCGCGUGACGCGCUGGGAUACGCCACGCUGAAACGCCUACAGCAGCAGAGGAUCCACCCAUCUCUUUCACACAGCGAAGCACUGGCGUCUCCUGCUAAAGACGUGCUGUUUACAGAUACGAUCACCAUGAAAACACGCAGCCUUGACUCACGGCUCACACCACGCAGGUUUUUGAAAGCUCUGAGUUUUGCAUCUCUGGACAAGGAGGACUUAUUGAGUCCGAUCAAUCACUCCACCCUGCAGCGCUCCUCUUCUCUGCGAUCCAUGGUCUCUAGCGCCACCUUUGGCUGCAGUGAGGACUACAUUGGCCUGGCGCUGCCCCUGGACAUCAACCACAUGUUUCAGAUUAAAGAAACAUCAUAUUUCCAGAAGAGGACAAGCCCACCUGCUGGAGAAAAAUCAUCCAAAUUUCUUUUUGGAGAAUCUGAUGAAUCAUGUCGUGGUCCUGCACUGAAGUCGCAGAUGAGCAUAACGGAGCUGUUAAACAGCAGCCGGUCAGAACAGCACCACCUGCUGGGAGCCGAUGAGAGUACAGGCUUACAGGAGCACACGGAGCAGAACUGCCUGUACUGCAGUGCUCUCACCAUGCUCGGCUCACACACACACAGCCACCUGAACAACACACACACCCGCACAGAUUUGUCUGAUGGUUUUUCUCAGUGGCACAGCCAGCCUUCCCAUAAUCACCUGGAGGUGGUCGCCCAGUCCAAGUUCUCGGGGAUCUCGGGCUGCAGCGACGCAGCCGUCAGUCAGGGUUCGGCCAGCAGCACUCCCAGCACAGAGCUAAUACUAGGUGGAAAGGCAAUAUCUGAGGAUGGACCAGCCUGCAGAGUUCUGUUGAGGAAAGAGGUUCUGCGACUCGUCAUCAACCUCAGCUCUUCAGUCGGCACCAAAGGACACGAAACCGGACUGCUCACGAUAAAAGAGAAGUUUCCGUUCACAUUUGACGACAUCUGCCUGUACUCUGAGGUCUCCUUCCUGCUGGCCAACUGCAUGUUUCGUCUGGCCUCACGCCGCUUCAUCCAAGAGCUCUUCCAGGAUGUGCAGUUCAUUCCGCUGUAUGAUGAAGCUGAAGCAGUGUUGAAUAAACCAUCGCAACUUGUCCCGGUGGAGACCGAAGAGUCUUGAUACCUCCAUCAGCUUCCUGAACACCUCACCACUGUUAUCCCAUCAUCUCACCUCCCAUCCUCCCAUACGGCACAGAGAGACACACUUCCUGGAACGUGGAGGACGAGAAAGACAGGCUGCGGUUGAAGGAGAGGAAGGAAGCACUUACAGGACUAUGAAACAAGCCCCUAGACUUCAGACGGCGUUUCUGAAGGGGAGCAGUUUACCAAAUAACGUCUUCAGACUGUGAAACAGGUGAACCGGAGCGCUUCACAUGAUCCGAGCAUACGGACGUACGUGUUCACAAAGAACGAUUUGAACGAAAAUGCUGUUUACACUUUAAGAGCGCCGGGUGCACAGAUGAGAUAGACGGUUCUCUGCACUGGUGUUUGUACAUAUCUGCCCCAUCCGAAAAUAUUUCAAAAUCUCAUGCAAACACUACAAAGAAUUCAGCGACUGCUUUGGAUUCAGCGCGAAUGAUUUGACUAUGAGUUUAGGACUUCCAUAACUGAAAAAGUGGGCGAUGCAUUGAUUACAUUUGUACUAUUUAUUUGUUUCUUUUCUUUGUAUGUGUGUGUUUGGAUUUUUUAAUGACCUCCAGACAAUCAGAAUUCAGUGUUUUGGGGAAAAAAAAACUAGUUUAAGAUAUUUGAACCCUUAGCGUCACACAUCAUUGGAAAUCUGUCAUCCGUAACCGUUUCAGGUAAUUCCUCUUCAAAAGACGCAGGCGAGGCGCAUGCGAGCACUGAUACACACAUACUCCAUCACGGGGCUAGUUUGACUGCUAAUAAUCUGGAUGUUUUCAGGGUGAAUCUCACCAAAGCUGUCAUAUUUCACCUGAUUUCUUAUUACCGUCAAACCGAAAUGCUGGAUUGUCAUGAAAUUUGUGUCAUAAUGCAAAAUAUCUUCAUGGAAAAAUGAAUUGCAUCUUUUGUAAUCUGAUUUUAGAGUGAAAUGUGACCCAGGCAUAUGAGAUUCACCCAUUAAUUUGGAUCGGAUCAUCCUCCAUAUCAUACUAGACUCGUCUGGUGCUGUAGACUUCGGCCCGUACACCGAUCUGAUGCUGAUCGGUGAUACGGUGGCAUUAGAUUUGACUCUGACCUAUAGGAAAUUAAACCAGAAAUGAAACAUUAUCAUGCAUGAUAUCAUUUUAUUGACAUAUGAUUAAUAAAAGUGAUCAUCAAGUACCUUUGAAGGAAAAGGAGUUCAAUGCAAGUUAGUACAAUACAUAAGUCAAGUCUUUGGUGUAAUGUUGAUUACAAGAGAAAAUCAUUUUGACGAUCUCUUGUCAAGAGCAUGAAUGAAAAAAAUAAGCCUAUUUUAGGACCAUUAUUAUUAUUUAUGUGACAAUUAAGCACAUUUCCUUUACAAGUUCUGAUGGUGAAAAAUAUUUUGAACAUUUUUUAUACAGGUAUGGUAGUAUUUGUUUUACUGUUUUGAUGCUAAUUUAAUAAAAUGUGCUUAAUUGUAAUGAAAGUAAUGAUAGUCCAAAUAACAGGCAGGUAAAUUGUUUUUUUUUUUUUUUUUUUUUUUUUGGUGUAUACAUGUUCUAUGUUAAUUUUAUUUAGUUUGUUUUUUGAGUUCUGAAAUGUUUGGGACAAUUUAAGCAAAAAAAAUAAGUGAAAAAAAUAUAUAUAAUUUGUAAAAAAUGUUUACACAUCAUAGUAGAAUUUUCACUGCACUGAUGCUGAUUAAAUUAAAAAAGGCUGUAAUGCAAUAAUGUGGAUCAGUUAGGAAAAAAUGGAAAUUUGAGAAGCAAAAUAUGCUUAAUUAUCAAGGCAAUAAUGUCAAUGCAAAAUAAAAGUCCUAAAACAGGUUUAAUUUUAUUUAUGUAAAAUAUACUUUUUUUGGGGCAUUAUAUAAAAAAAUAAUUUCUCUUCCAAAUUCUCAAAAUCAAAUUGUAACGUAAAAAAAAAGGAAUAUGUAAACACACGAUUGCAGAAUUUUAUGUACUGCAUUGAUGUGCAUAUAUAUAAUGGACAUACAGACAUUUCCAGGAGCAUCAUGUGAUGUAUUUUUUUUUUUUUUUUUGGCGUUCUGAAAUAUCUGGGACAAUUUAAACACUUUUCACUUCCAAAUUUUCAUGACUGAAAUAUGAAAAUAAUAAUUUGUAAAAAGUGUUUACACAUUAUAGUAGUAUUUUCAGUGCACUAAUGCUGAUUAAAUAAAAAGGUAUAAUACAAUAAUGAGAUUCACAUGAGAAAAAAAUGCUUAAUUAUAAAGACAAUAAUGUCAAUACAAAAUAACAGUCCUAAAACAAGCUUAAUUUCCUUUAUGUAAAAUAUAUCCUUUUUUUAAGGUGUUGACAAUGCAAAAUUAGUCAUAAAAACAAACAUUUCUGUAAAAAAUAUACUUGAGCUUGUUAUUCAAACUGAUGGAUUGCUCAAAAUGAUUUUCUCUUGUAAUCAACAACCUGCUACUGAUGCUUUUAACAGUGAAAAACUUAUGUUGAACCUGGAAUCUUUCUUUAAGCUGCCAAAGCACUGGUUUAUAAAGAGUUUUAGAGUAUUGUCUUGAUGUGUUGUCUAUAUAUUGCUAGCGUUUCCCUUCACGUCACGCCUUUGAAAUGCAUUUAAUCCCAGUGUGCACCAAACCUGCACUCAACCAUCUGACAUGGUAAAACACUGGCACAGAGGUAUUCAGAUCUUCUACCGAUCGUAGUAGUCUUGUAGUAAGCCAUAGUUUUUGCAUAGUCUUUUAAUGAUGUUCUCGACGUGUUCCUGUUGUUCACACAAAGCACUGAUCGAAUCCAUCGUUCCCGUUCUCCCGAAACCAUGUGUAGAUUGCAUGCUGAAUUGACACAAACCCAGUUGCUUAUUUAUUGACUGAAAGAUCUUUUGUUAAUGUGUCUCAGCGCUGCUGCUACUGCCUUCAACUGACUGCGAUUUGAUUGGCUGAUGAGCGAGUGCCACGGCUUUUUGGCUUUGGCCCAGGCUAUGGAUCUGUACCAUAGUGGCGUGAGACUGAAAAAAGAGAUGAAAAAAUAUAUAUUUAUAUUUUUCCUAAAAGAUAUUGCAAGAGAUGAUGUAAUUUAAAGGAGUUUUGUUUUUUGUUUUGCCUGAGUUGUGGUUUCCCUUGUAAAGUGUGUACAGUGUGUUUUUGGGCACUUUCAGCCCUGGAAAAAAUCUUACAGUCUUAUCAAAGGGAUAUAUAAUUAAAGAAAAGUCAUGAGA